UUUUGAAAAUGUUGACCGGAAGUGGUCGAGCUAGCUUAACUUCUAUUUUGCUCAAUGCUACUUGGUAUUUUUAUUUGUAAGGUGCUUAUCAUUACGAAAAUUAGGCGCAUGUUCAAAGCAAAACAUUGAACCUGUCAGAGCUCCCACAGCCUCAGACUUCUCCUCUGAACUGCUUUGAGCUCUAGUGGGGAACAGUGGCACCAUGUCCCAGCAGUUUCACCUGAAUACACCUCUGCUGGAGAGUGUCAACAUGUCCAAGCGAGCAGGCACCACAGUCUACCUGAAGAUGGAGAGUUCCCAGCCCUCUGGUUCCUUUAAGAUCCGGGGAAUCGGACACCUGUGCCAGCAGCUCGCCAGACAAUCUAAAGGAGUCGUCUGCUCUUCGGGUGGUAAUGCAGGUAUGGCUGCAGCCUAUGCAGCCAGGAAGCUUGGCGUGCCCGCCACCAUCGUAGUCCCCGCCUCCACUCCACAGCUGGUGGUGCAGAGACUUAAGGAUGAGGGCGCGGCUGUCAGGAUUGCAGGGAAGGUUUGGGAUGAAGCCAAUGUAGAGGCUCUCAGACUGGCAGAGACGGAAGGGCUGAUGGUUAUUCCUCCGUUUGAUCAUCCUUUACUUUGGCGGGGCCACGCCAGCAUGAUUGCAGAGAUUGCAGCCUCUCUGGGUCCUGGGGCGAAGCCUGGAGCCGUGCUGCUCUCUGUGGGUGGAGGAGGCCUCAUGUGUGGGGUUGUCCAGGGGCUGAGGGAUGUGGGAUGGAUGGAUGUGCCCAUCAUCGCCAUGGAGACAGUGGGGGCCGACUGUUUCAAUGCUGCCGUUAGAGCUGGGAAGCUAGUCACUUUAGACGACAUCACCAGCGAGGCCAAAUGUCUUGGAGCAAAAACGGUCUGCAAACAAGCCUUCGAUUAUAGCCAGUGCCGCGAGCUGACCAUCAUCUCGGAGGUGGUGACGGACCAGCAGGCUCUGCAGGCUGUCCUGACCUUCCUGGAUGAGGAGCGUGUGCUGGUGGAGAUGGCGUGUGGAGCUGCGCUCGCCGCUGUCUAUGGCGGCCUCAUAUGCAGGUUACAGGCUGAAGGUCGCCUACCGACUCCACUGGGCCCCCUGGUGGUAGUAGUGUGCGGUGGCAGCGGCGUUAACAUGGAGCAGCUGACCACACUGAAACAGAAACUACUUUCUUAAAGCAGAAACAUUCAUCCUUUUUUUUUUUAUUAAACAGUAACACAAAGUUGUAGCCGUGUGCACACAGCAGGUGGCUGUAAUGGAUGGAGACCAACCACGCAGCUCCACCCACAAAAAAA